GUCGUGGGAUAGGACAAUUGAGAAGGAUGUCCAUUAAAGCCGCGCUCAUAGAUCUCAGCGGCACCCUGCAUGUGGAGGAUGAGCCAACCCCAAAUGCAGUUGAGGCAUUGGCCAGAUUGCGCGAUGCUGGAGUGACUGUUAAAUUCGUAACAAAUACCACCAAGGACUCUAAGGGGACUUUGCACGAACGUCUCUGUAGGAUCGGCUUUGAGUUGGACCGCUCGGAGAUCUACAGUUCCCUAAGCGCCGCUGUCGCUUUUGUGCACAAUGGAAAACUAAAUCCAUACUAUCUCUUGUCGGAAGAUGCACGCCAGGACUUUCCGCCAGAGGAUCCCAAUCGGUGCCAGGACUCGGUGGUAGUUGGUCUAGCCCCCAAGGCAUUCAACUAUGAGCAAAUGAACAAGGCUUUUAAUGUUCUGCUGCAGAAUAAGGAGCACAAACUGGUGGCCAUACAUCAGGGGAAAUACUACAAACGAUCAGAUGGCCUGGCCCUGGGACCUGGCUGCUUUGUCAAGGGUCUGGAGUAUGCAGCAGGAUGCACCGCAGAACUGAUUGGCAAACCGAAUCCAUACUUCUUCAAGGGGGCUUUGGAUGGCCUUGACCCAUCGUCGUGCGUGAUGAUAGGUGAUGACGCCAAUGAUGAUAUUGGCGGAGCAAUGGCCAUGGGUCUCCAGGGUAUACUCGUUAAGACUGGUAAAUAUUUACCAGAUGUCGUCCUGUCGCCGCCGCCCACAGCUUUGGUAGAGAAUUUCGCCGAUGCAGUCGAUUGGAUACUCAAGAAAAAUCAAGCUUAAAACCAAUUAAAACUCUAUCGCUUAUAGUAAGUGUAUACAAAU